GUAGCAGUAAGGUGCGUCUUGUCCUUAGUUACUUCACCCUUGUUACCAUGGAGGUCUUGUCUAAUGCCACGACGGCAGGAACCACCCUUAUCAGACCGGAGGACUACUAUCAGUAUAUUGAUAAAGAGGGAGUCAUUGACACGUGGUUGUUAGUGAGCACUCCGCUGCCUGUCCUGUCUACGAUAGUUCUCUAUCUGGUAGUGGUGCUCAAACUGGGACCUAGCUACAUGAGAUACAAGGAACCAAUGGAGUUGAAGCGACUCAUGAUGUUCUACAACCUCUUCCAAGUGGCCUACAAUAUGUGGAUGCUUUAUUUGGUGUUUUCCUCCAGUGCAGCUAUCAGGUACCUGAUUGACCACAGCUGCCACCCUACCGAUCCUAGAAACACAUUUGAGUUGCGAUAUGUUUUUCACCUCACUUCUUGGCACUACCUUUGCUCCAAAAUUAUCGAUCUUCUGGACACGUGCAUAAUGGUGCUUCGGAAAAAGCAGUCUCACAUUACCUACCUUCAUCUUUAUCACCACGUGGCGAUGGUGUUCUUCACCUGGGUGUCCAUGAGAUACAUUAGAGCUCAACAAGGGACGCCACCUAUUAUCCUCAACAACCUAGUCCACGUGGUUAUGUACACAUACUACUUCCUGGCCAGUCUGGGGCCCGAGGUGCACAAGUAUCUUUGGUGGAAACGCUACCUCACCAAGUUGCAACUGACACAGUUUGCCUUAGUGAUCGCCUACCUGGCCUACUUGUACCUCAACAGCUGUGAAGUGUCUCAAGCCUUCAACGUCAUCUGGAUAACCAACGUCAGCGUCAUCGCUGCUUUCUUUGUCAACUUUUACAUUCAGACAUACGUCAUCAAGCCAAGAAGGCUUCACGUCAAACCGGAGUGAAAAUUUGAAUAUACCAUAAUGCAGGGGCUACAGACAUAACUGAUUAAGAGAGCUUUAGCUGUAAGCUUCAAGAUGACAGUAAGAUUAUACAGGUGUUUGUGAACUAUCUCGAAAAAAAUCACAGGAUUAUUCCUUGGGUUAAUACAUGAAUAUUUUACAUUAUAAACAUGGGUCGCCGGAGCUUCGUUUUCCGUCUGUCUGUCUGUAUGUGAUUUUUAUAAAUAACUUUAUAACUCGAGUUUGAAUCGAGGUACAAACUUUAAA